AUGUCUGUUACAACUUACAUGUUGCUUAUGCAGUUUAUGGUAGAGUCUACACAGACAAUGAUACGCAUUGUGGGCCUUUCAGCCACUUUACUGAACUAUUUAGAGGUUGCACAGUUUCUGAGAGUGAAUCCUGAAGCAAGACUCUUCUUCUUUGAUUCUAGUUAUCGCCCUGUGCCCCUGGCAUAG